AUGUCGAAACCUCGGCACCUGAGAGUACAACUGGGGAACCAACUGAGGGACAUGAUCCCUCCGCCCCAGAAGCGCCCUAUGGCUCUAAUAGGGAUAAAACCCCUAGUUCUUAACAAGAGUUCCAGGAGUAGAAAGGCACCUCCCCAGGGGUCCAUUUCUAAGAGACAUAUCACGAGGUUGCAGAAGAAGGAAGAAUUUGAGUCACUUUUAAGGAAACGAAAAGAGGGAAAGAAGAAAAAGAGAUUGGUGAAGGAUGGGAUGUUCGUAAAUGAGUGGGUAGUGCCUCCAGCACUAGUUGUCGAUAUAGAUGAUGAGGUAGAUGAGGAACCUGGUUCCUUAGUUUGUGAAACAUCUGGUGGAAAGGUGGUUGAGGAACUUGGAGAUAAGGAGACUGAAGAACUGGUUGAAAGAGUGUCUAAGAAAAGGGUGUCUGAAACAUCUGCGGAGAAAAGAAAGAGUGCUAGAAAAUUAGUGAAAAGGAAGGCUGAUGCCACUGAGGAACCUAGUUCCUCCAAGAAGACCAAGGUUGGUGCUUCCCAGGAUGCUGGCAGGGAAAAAUUGAGAAUCCAAAAGGUACUGUGGGGCCGUACAUUUGCCCCUGAUAUUCUAGAUAUGUCAGGAAUGUGCCAAUUGGUGGAGAUCUAUGAACUCCAACAGUGGAUACAUCUGUUCACAAGUGAAAAUCCCAGAGUAUAUGAGGCAGAAGUGUGUAAUUUCUAUAUUGACUUCUUCACAGUUGAGGAUGAUAGCAUUUGUCUGGAAGUGAACGGUGUUAAUUUUGUGAUGGACACUACUGUACUGGGAGCUAUUUUGGGCGUGUCCACUGAUGGGAUGUCUUCCAUUGACGGGGUCUGCUCUACAAAUUUUAGAAACACCAUUGUGAAGGAUAAGGCAGUGCAACAAGGGGAAUGGGUACACAAGAAGGCCCUCCUUCCAGUGUACCAACUGCUAUUCGAAAUAGUGAACAACGUUCUACUCCCAUGUGCUAAAAGAUGCUCUAUUACAUCACGAGCAUACUUAGUUCUCAUGGAAGCACUACAUGGAUACACUACUCUAAACCUGUCUGGUCUUAUGAUAGAGCACAUGAAGAAAAUAGCAGAGUUCAAUAAAGGUAAUCAUGGGUUGCCUUAUGGGUUUCUCCUCACUAAAGUUUUUGAAUUUUUCAAGGUUCCAUUGGGACAGGCUAAAGUAGGAACUCGCAAUGUCACUGAAGAAAUAAGGAAGUUGAAGGCUCGGAAUUCCAUUCUCGAAAAUCAGCUCAAUCAGGCCCACGAAGAAGCUGGAUCCAGUGGUUCCCAAAACACAAAGGUUGCUCGCGCUGACAAAGGAAAAUGCUGCUUUCAGGAAAUAGGUUGA